AUGUUCUCGGAAACCGCAGCUGGCGGAGGAUGCGGAGGGUCAGGGAGCAGUGCGGACCAGGGAGACGCCGCGGCCGCGGGGGCGGGGCUGCAGGGCGGGGCGGAGCCCGGGUGGUCACGGCUUGUGCUCCCACAUCUCGGACGCUCUGCGGCCGUGGCCUUUGCGAAUAAUAUCAAGAGCUGCUUGGCUGCCGGCUUGCUGCGGGAUCAAGUGGCCAUCGUCACUGGCGGCGGCACGGGCAUCGGAAAGGCCAUAACGCCCGAGCUCUUGCACCUGGGGUGUAAUGUGGUCAUUGCAUCUCGUAAAUUUGAUAGAUUAAAAUCUGCUGCAGAAGAACUGAAGGCCAGUCUGCCUCCCACCAGCCAGGCUCAAGUCACUCCCAUACAAUGCAACAUCCGUAAAGAAGAGGAGGUGAAUAAUUUGGUCAAAUCUACCUUAGAUGUUUAUGGUAAGAUCAAUAUCUUGGUAAACAACGGAGGAGGCCAGUUCCUGUCUCCUGCUGAACACAUCAGUUCCAAGGGUUGGCAUGCUGUGAUUGAAACCAAUUUGAUGGGCACCUUCUAUAUGUGCAAAGUAGUUUACAACUCCUGGAUGAAAAAGCAUGGAGGAUCUAUUGUCAAUAUCACUGCCAGUUUUGAUCAGGGAAUACCAAAUGCUGCGCAUAGUGGAGCUGCAAGAGCAGGUGUUCACAACUUCACUAGAACCUUAGCUUUGGAAUGGUCCAGCUCUGGAAUAAGAAUCAAUUGCGUUGCACCUGGAGAUGGUGAGACUGGUUCUGCGGGCACUGGAAAAACUGCAGGCAAGCUUCAGCUGCUGCUGCAGAAAAGGGCUGCCACUGCCAGAGUGGGGAAGUGCUGCAGGGUGACGCUUACAGAGCCUCAGACAGGGAGCACGCCCAUGCAUACUGUAGGCUUCAUGUUGCAAUCAUGUGCUUUGAGAUGUGUUUACUCAGGAAUGCAAAGCUGCGAAAACUGGGGAGUAUCAGCUUUUACAUACGCCCGUGUGUGUUUCUGUUUCCAGAUCUCCUCCCUGGUAUGCUUUUUGCUGUCUCCUGCAGCUUCCUACAUUACCGGACAGGUAGUGAAAGUGGAUGGGGGCCAUUCUCUGUAUAUUCAGUCAUAUACGAUACCAGAUCAUGACAACUGGCCUGAAGGAAUAGGGGACCUUUCCGCUGUCAAAAGGUUGAAGGAGUCUUUUAAGGUUAAGCUCUAAGCUAAGAAAACAAGGAGGAGUCCUGUGUCCCCAAGUGCCUUAACACCUUGAGAGUGCACUUCUGUGCUUUAUAAGAGUUUAUAGUUUGUAUCUAAAAAUCACUUUCUACUUUUUAAAAAUGUUAUCAAUUAUAUCGAUGCAAAAACUAUUCCUGAAAUUAAUGCAUUUUAACCUGUGAUGUAAAAAAAAAUUUUAGGAAUGGAAAUUAGCAUGGUUUAUGAUUAUACUUUUUAUUUCUAAGAAAGGUAUUUGAAAAAUGAAAUCAUUUAAAUUAACAAUAAUUACAGUGUCACGAACCCCUAGAACAUUUUAUUAUUUAAUUGUAAAGGUAGACAAUAAAUCUAAAUUGCGGCAUGAUUAUGAUCACAAGUAGAGUUAUAUAGUAACUCAUUUUCAGUGGCAAAUUCUUCUGGAUCAAUAAAGCUU